AAAUGGAUGCAGUCUAAUAGUAAAUAUGAUUGGAUAUUCACUGAACAACCCACCUCCCCUCUUCUUUGAAUAUUCAAGAACCUUGAGUUAAUUGUGCCUUUUGCUUUACAAAAAAAAAAAUAUUUUUUAUUUCCCUUUAAAGAUUUCCUUUAUAAAGAUUUCUUUUGACAGCUGGUGAUGGUAAACAGGCAUAUAAAUUCAGAGAAAUUAUGACCUUAUUUAGAUUGCUAGAUAGGUUGAGAAGAUGGAGAAUUUAAUCCUGAUCAUCCUACCAUGAAAAAGAAUAAAAUAAAUGAACUUACAUUUACAGUUUAAGUUUAAGUUUAAAUCUUGUUACUUUUUAGUUUUUACCAGUGUUUUUUUGUCCAACUUCCAAAAGGCAGAUAAUAUGGAGCCAUCUUCCAAACUAUAUGGAGAUGGAACAGAAGAAUGUCAGAGCAGUGAAUCUGGGUGGACAAUGUACAUUGGUUCUUCUUCUAUGGAUGAUGAUGAUGAUCAUCAUCAUCAUCAUGGUGGCACUGGUGGUGGUGGAAGGAAGAAGGGUGUAAAAGUGAAGGAUGAAGAUGAAGAUACAGAUGAUUCAAUGGCUUCUGAUGCUUCUUCUGGUCCAAGUCAUCUACACCUGCAACAACCAUGGGAGGUACAAGAAGAUGAUAACAAUAAAAAUCAAGAAAAGCACAAGUCUUCAAGCAAGAAGAAUAAGAAAACAUCAGGGAAGAAGAAAGUUGGGUAUGAUCAAGAAACAAGAAAGAAAGAUGAGAGUGAUCAAAAGAGAGGUCAUGUGAUUACUACUGUUCAAAGUGGCAAUCGGACUUGGUUCUCCGGUAAACGAAAGUAAAAGAAACGCGGUUGUGGGCAGCGGCGAGUGGCGGUAGGCGGAGGGGUAUUGGUGGUGGUGGUGGGUGGUGGUAACCACCGGCAGGUAGCUAGUUAAAGCUUUUGACAUGAAGUUGUUCUAGAAAGAAUUGUUAAAUACUAGGAAUCAUACUGUUAUUUUUUGUGUGUAUGGUUUCUGUAAAUCUAAUUAAAGAUCCAUCAUAUGUUUAAAUCCAUGUUAUGUUUCUUCUUC